CGAGCGGCGGACCCCCGGCCCCUUCCCCCGCGGCGGUUGCCUCCAGCGCGGGCUGGAGGAAGGAGUCUCCAUGGAACCUGGGGGCAGAGGAUCACUUUUUGAGGACUCAGACCUUCUCCAUGCUGGAAACCCAAAAGAAAAUGACGUGACUGCUGUGCUGCUGACCCCUGGGUCCCAAGAACUGAUGAUCAGGGAUAUGGCCGAGGCUCUCACCCAGUGGAGGCAGCUGAACUCUCCUCAGGGAGAUGUGCCUGAGAAGCCCAGGAAUCUGGUCUUGCUGGGGCUUCCAAUUUCCACACCUCAUGUAAUCUCUCAGUUGGAGCAUGAGGAGGAACUGAAGAGAGAAGUUUCAAAAGCAGCCGCUCCAGACGCUGUCACUCAGAAAUCUUCUAGGGAGAGAAGUUACCAAUUUGAUGAAUUUAGAAGAAGUUGCACUCGGAGGUCCUUACUUGUUCAGCAGCAGGGAGAGAGACUACAUCAUUGUGAGUCAUUUAAAAAUAACUUAAAACAAAAUUCAGAAAUAAUUAGGCAUGAGAGAAUUUGUGCAGGAAAGAAACCUUGGAAAUGCAGUGAGUGUGAGAAAGCCUUCAGUUACUACUCAGCUUUUGUCUUACAUCAGAGAAUUCACACCGGAGAAAAACCCUAUGAAUGUAAGGAGUGUGGGAAAGCCUUUAGCCAGAGCAUACACCUUACUCUGCACCAGAGAAUUCAUACUGGAGAGAAGCCCUACGAAUGCCAUGAGUGUGGGAAAGCCUUCAGUCACCGCUCAGCCCUUAUUCGGCAUCACAUCAUUCAUACUGGGGAAAAACCCUAUGAAUGCAAUGAAUGCGGGAAGGCCUUUAACCAGAGUUCAUACCUCACUCAACAUCAGCGAAUUCAUACUGGAGAGAAACCUUAUGAGUGUAACGAAUGUGGGAAGGCCUUCAGCCAAAGCACAUUCCUUACCCAGCAUCAGGUCAUUCACACUGGAGAGAAACCCUAUAAGUGUAACGAAUGUGGCAAAGCCUUUAGUGAUCGGUCAGGUCUUAUUCAGCACCAGAGGACUCACACUGGGGAGCGGCCUUACGAGUGUAACGAAUGUGGGAAAGCCUUUGGCUACUGCUCAGCCCUGACUCAGCACCAGAGAACUCACACUGGGGAGAAACCCUAUAAAUGCAACGAUUGUGCCAAAGCCUUCAGUGACCGCUCAGCCCUUAUUCGUCAUCAGAGAACACACACUGGAGAGAAACCUUACAAAUGUAAAGAUUGUGGAAAAGCAUUCAGCCAGAGCUCGUCUCUUACAAAGCAUCAGAAAACUCACACUGGAGAAAAGCCCUACAAGUGUAAGGAAUGUGGAAAAGCCUUCAGCCAGAGCUCAUCCCUCUCUCAACAUCAGAAAACUCAUGCUGGAGUGAAAACCAAGAAAUAUGCCCAAGCUUUUAGUGAGCAUUUAACCUUUGGCCAACACAAGAGAAUUCAUACUGGCUAA